GAUUAAAUGAAAUGCCGGUGUUUGAUUAUCCAAUCGAGCAUGUUCUUAAUCUGAUGUCUUUGGACCAGUUUCUGAAAUGCUAUACAUGCGUUCUUUUGGAGUAUCAGGUGUUGCUGUGCUCAAAAGUUAUGUAUCGACUAAUGCUCUUCGCGGAAUGCCUGCAGACGCUCCUUUUCCCUUUCAAGUGGCAGCACGUUUAUGUUCCAAUUUUACCGUGUUCGCAAGCGGUGUUUCUCGAGGCCCCCCUGCCAUUUAUCAUGGGUCUUUGGUACGAAGAUGAUAUUCCUCCAGAAAUACCUGAGUCGAAGCGCAUUUCGCGCAGUUUUGACGAGGAUAGCCUGUACUUUGCAGAGCCGAAGCUUGUUCCUGAAAACAACAAUUUCGGCGUUGAUCGCGCCCUUCUUCCGCCCCUACCGCUGAAUGUAUUGAGGGACAGCGAACCACUGGCACGCCUGACGGCUAUUGCGAAGCGAGCUGGUGUUGACAUCCACAUGGAGAGUUUGCAGCGGCAGUUGGAAUCUUCAGCGGCGUUUCAUAACUCACCCAGUUGUCUGCGUUACUUCCAACAGAUGAGAUUAAACAACGCCCUUAGGGAAACGUUCCUCAGUCGUUUUUUGUGUUUGCUGUUCUCCUACGACCACUUCAUCGUUAGCAACUGCAGUGACAAAGAGACGUUCGUUACAAGCCGCGAUUCGAUGCAGAACUUCGAUAAGGCUAGCUUCCUGUCUGACCAGCCAGAGUCUCAUUUGCCGUUCCUGGCUGCUUUCCUUGAGACACAGAUGUUCACUUCUUUCAUUGACUCGAAGAUUAUCUCACAGUGGGAUGACUCAGACAUUCAAUAUGUUCAGUUGUUUGAUCAGCGUCUUGCUGAACUGCGGCGACAGUAUGGAGACGCUAUUGUGCGAACUCCUACUUUUGAGUCCUGUCCGACAUUCCGCAUAUCCGGUAAGGGCAUUCAUGUUUUCCUGUAUGAUGCUCGAAAUUUGAUAGAGGCAGACGCUAAAGAUGCAUCAAAUGCAACCAAAAGUGCUGGCGUAAUAUCGGCGGAUUUGACGGUUGCGCAGCUUGCGCAGACAAACUGGAAGUUUGUCGAACAGUUACUGCGUGAUGCAAAGGCUAAGACGAAAAGAUUGCUUGUAGAAAAACUUGGAAAAGAAGCAGUGGAACUUGGUCACAACGAUUUGAAUGUCGUCGGCAUCGAAGAGAAUACACUGGUUGCUAGUCUCUGUGAUCUCAUAGAGAGGAUCUGGAAUCACGGGUAUUAUAAAAGGAAAGGAAAAUCAGCUUUUUGGUCUUACUUGGUUGCCUUCCAACGAUUGGAUAAAUACACCGAAAAUGGCAAAUCGUUGCUGUCUAACAGACUAACUCCAGAUCUCUCACCAUGGUCCAACAACGCUGUUUCGCCCAGUUUAAAGUCGCCUGAAGGAUUUAAUUCAAGCCCAGAACAUACUCACCGGUCGAGCUCAGUCGAAUCAUCAUCACCGCGGAAGAGGAAUUCCACCCGAACGCACAGUCCAGACUCGAUGAGCCCACUGGAUGACCUUCCCACUCACAUCGCCUACGACAUGAGCAAUGUUAUCAAGAUGACCGAAAUCAAAACUGAAAUCGGUUCCGCUAGAGCUUUCAUCCGUUUGGCGCUUGAACGAAAGUUGUUGUUCAAACACCUCAAAACAAUGCUCAGUAACCCCGCGUUAAUUGGUUCCCUUUACAAGCGACACGCUUUUCUUCGAUGUGAAGACGAAAAGGAGCAAUUUCUGUAUUAUAUUUUGUCCCUGAAUGCUGCCAACUUCUGGUGUUUCACAAACACUUUCAGCUGCACAAAAAUCACUUAUCAAGUAGUGCUUAUGCUUGGAGGAGGCCGUUUCGCCUUUUCGGCUGGCCAACCAACAUUAUCAUUGCGAAUAUUUGGAAGCUUGACCCACACCGAAGCAAUAUCAGUUCCCAAAGGAUCAUUGAAGUUUACCUUUGAGCACGUCAAUCUCGGCAUUCUUUCAACCUUACGAAUUGGAGCUGUCCAGUUCAACAGUCCAACCGUUCAAAGCAGGUGGUACCUGGAGUAUGCAAUAGUACGCGAUCAGAUAACUGGCCGUACCUAUAAGUUUCCUUGUGGACGUUGGUUUGGCAGAAGCGUUGACGAUGGUAGCUUGGAGAGGUUGUUAAUUGCUGAGCCCUUGCCCCAGUCCAGUGGUUUUGGUAUGUCACUCUUUUCACAAAAUUAAAU